AUUACAAGGGACACUCCUCAUGCAUUUUUUGCUACCAUGAUGCGUACUGUUCGCACUUUGGAUGGUUUUGUGGCUCCUUUCUGUUACCAGGUUGAAAACAAGAAGGCUGAGGUGGUAUCCUUCACGUCCAUGCGCCUUUUGAAUGAGUUGCUUGUUUUUUUGUUUGGCUUAGCCAAGGAAGAUGUAGCUGCUUACCUAAGGCGAAGUUUUAGCGGACGUCGCAAGGGUCAUACAGCAGCAGUUAUUGUAACCGAGGUGAAAGACUUUGUUUUUAUGUACAAAACAAGGCCUGGAAAGCUUAUCAUUGGAUUUAACUAUGGUAAAGCAAAACCAGUUUGAUUGUUCAGCUGUCAUGCAUAUAUUUUACUGUGC